AUGGCUACCGCAACAGCUGAUUCUAUAGGCAAGAUGAAAUUUUUACCGUUCAAAGCCUCAAGCCGGAACAGUAAAACAAAAUUUACUCGUAAAAAAAGCGAACUACAAUUAGAAUAUGGAGAAUUCUAUCCUGGCGAAGGCCAUCGCGUUUUGUAUAAAUAUAAUACAACUGAGAACUGUUGUAAUUUGUACACUUUCGGUGGUGCAAGACACGGGGAAGAUGCCGGUUGGUUAACGGCUUCAAAGAUUAUGUGUAUGAGAUUAAUCUCAACAGAUGAUGAUAUUUAUGCUGACAAAUUGUAUGAAAUAAAAACUGCUGGUUCAACCUUGCCAGCCCUCAGUAGUCCUGGUUAUACCUUUGGUGUUACAGAAAACAACAUGUGUAUAUGGGGAGGCCUUGACCUCAUGACUUACCAAACAGUAAAUGAUAUCUAUUAUCUUACAAGUAAAUUAAGAAGAAAUGCCGAAACAAUGCAGGUGGAUAUGUUUUUAGCAAAUAACGAUUUUGCAUUUGAUUUUCUACCAGAUGGUGACUCUGCUUCACGUGUAAUUAAAUUGCAAAAUAAUGCACCAAACCCUAGGGCCGGUCACAGUUUUACAAAAGUUCCAGGAUUUUCUAAAGUUAUCAUGUUUGGUGGUUAUCAGCUUAAGAAUAGAGAUUUACAUUCGGCUUCAUUUUCAAACCCAUUUGCACAAUUUUGUGAGGAUGAGAAUUUUUAUGAACUUUACCUAAAUACCAAAAGCUGGAGGAAAAUGAAUCCAACAGGAAAUGUGCCAUCACCAAGAUGUUUUCAUACUUCUGAUUUUAUAGAUGAUUCAAAUCUUGCCAUUAUAGGAGGUAUAAUAUAUCAAAAUUCAAAGGCCACUGAACGAUUACCAAUCCAUGAUAUCAUACUAUCACUGACAAGAAUAGUAUGGAAUGCUUCUUCACAGAAUUGA